AUGCUUACAACUCGCGGCGUCACCCGCAUCUCACGGAGAGCAGUCAACAGUGCAAAGAACUCUCGGUUCAUUGCAACAGCAGCUCCUUCAUUAUUGCGUGUCGCUGUCCCUUCCGCGUCAAAACAAAAUUCAGCUGUUCGUCCUUCCCGUAGUUCAGCACCCCAACCCGCUCGUACAUAUGCAACUGAGGCGAAGGGUGCCAUUGGCACUGUAAAAACUGUUAUUGGUGCAGUCGUCGACGUUCAGUUUGAGACCGAUGCUCUCCCACCCAUUCUCAAUGCCCUGGAGGUUCAGGACUUCCACGGUGGCCGCCUCGUCCUCGAGGUUGCAUCACAUCUUGGCGAGAACUCCGUUCGUACCAUUGCUAUGGACGGUACCGAGGGUCUCGUCCGUGGUCAAAGAGUUGUCGACACCGGUGCUCCCAUCCAAAUUCCUGUGGGUGCCGCAACUCUCGGUCGUAUCAUGAACGUCAUCGGUGAACCCAUCGACGAGCGUGGUCCCAUCAAGGGUGUCAAGCUCUCCCCAAUUCAUGCCGAUCCUCCUCCUUUCGUUGAUCAGUCAACCACUGCUGAGGUCUUGGAGACUGGUAUUAAGGUCGUUGACCUUCUUGCUCCCUACGCCCGUGGUGGCAAGAUUGGCCUAUUCGGUGGUGCUGGUGUCGGCAAGACUGUCUUGAUUCAGGAACUUAUCAACAACGUUGCCAAAGCUCAUGGUGGUUUCUCCAUUUUCUGCGGUGUCGGUGAGCGUACUCGUGAGGGUAACGAUUUGUACCACGAAAUGAUUGAAACUGGUGUCAUCAACCUCGAGGGUGACUCUAAGGUAGCUCUUGUCUUCGGUCAAAUGAAUGAGCCCCCUGGUGCUCGUGCCCGUGUGGCUCUUACUGGCCUCACCAUUGCCGAGUACUUCCGUGACGAAGAAGGCCAGGAUGUGCUACUCUUUAUCGACAACAUUUUCCGGUUUACCCAGGCUGGUUCCGAGGUGUCUGCUUUACUUGGUCGUAUCCCCUCUGCCGUCGGUUACCAACCCACGCUCUCCACUGACAUGGGUGGCAUGCAAGAACGUAUCACUACUACUAAGAAGGGUUCUAUCACUUCCGUGCAGGCAGUCUACGUGCCUGCUGAUGACUUGACUGACCCUGCUCCUGCUACCACCUUCGCUCACUUGGACGCUACCACUGUGUUGUCACGUGGUAUUGCUGAGCUUGGUAUUUAUCCCGCUGUCGACCCCCUCGAUUCCAAGUCCCGUAUGCUCGACCCCCGUAUCGUUGGUCAGGAGCACUACGACGUUGCUACUGCUGUCCAGAAGAUUCUUCAAGACUACAAGUCUCUCCAGGAUAUUAUUGCCAUUCUGGGUAUGGACGAGCUAUCGGAAGAGGACAAGCUAACGGUCGAGCGUGCUCGUAAGAUCCAACGUUUCAUGUCGCAACCCUUCCAGGUCGCACAGGUCUUCACUGGUUACGAAGGCAAGCUUGUGCCUUUGAAGGAUACUAUCCGCUCCUUCAAGGAGAUUCUUGCCGGUACACAUGAUAACCUCCCUGAGUCCGCAUUCUACAUGGCUGGUACGAUCGAGGACGUCAAGUCCAAGGCCGAACAGCUCGCCAAGGAAAUAGGUGGUAACUAG